GGCACUAUUGUGAAAGUUGAUUCAUCAAAUGCUACAUACUGUGUUUACAAAUCUGAUGUUGCCACUGGCUACGGAGUGGGUGCUUUCUUAUUUCUUCUUUCAAGUGAAUCACUACUUAUGGGUGUCACUAAGUGCAUGUGUUUUGGGAGACCUUUAGCACCGGGUGGGAAUCGAGCUUGGUCAAUCAUCUAUUUUGUUUCAUCAUGGUGAGAUUUUUAAUUAGGUUGACACACAAGAUAUGCCAUCUGUUCCUUGCAUGUGAAUAAUCAAAAGAAGUGCCUCAAUUCUAAACACCCAUUCCAAACCUCCAUCAUCGAUAUUUUGUUUAGGAUUUUUACCAUGCUCACAUGCUAUACUAUUUGCUAAUUUGAUUUAUGUCUGAUUCUCUCUGUUGCUGACUUCCUCUACUUGUUUGUGGCAUGUAUGUUCUUUUUAAAACCAAAAUUAGUCAUUCAUAUUAAAGGGACUUGUUUGCGUAAUAAAUAGAAGAUAUAAAAUUUCUAUGCAUUUGUGUUCGCAGGGUGACCUUUUUGAUAGCAGAAGCAUGUCUAGUGGCAGGUGCAACUAAGAAUGCAUAUCACACCAACUAUCGGGGAAUGAUUUAUGCUCAGAAUUUCUCUUGUGAAACUUUGAGGAAAGGAGUUUUUAUUGCAGGAGCAGUGUUUGUUGUUGCAACAAUGAUCCUCAAUGUGUACUAUUACAUGUAUUUCACCAAGGCCACAGCCACACAACGCUCACAAAACAAACCAUGCGAGCUCAACUGUUGGGAUGGCUGGGUAUGCAUAGAUCCAACUUAUGAGCAUAGGUUUACAAGUUUUGCUUCUCGAUGUCACGAGUCUGAUUGCAAAUGUACCAUGAAACUGUUCUACUGCAGAACUGUAUUGUGCUUAUCUAGUUAUAUAUAAUGCUGUUAGGACUAACUAGUGUUGAACCUGUUGGCAUUAAUUAUUAAUGCUGAAUGAGAAAUAUAAACUUUGAAAAUGUUAUACCUAACAAGAACAGCAGAAGUUUUGCUUUAAUGAACAGUUUGUCACUUA